AUGUCAAUUGUCUUGAGAUUUGUUGAUAGAGAUGGCUUUAUACAAGAGCGAUUCUUUGGAGUUGUUCAUGUUAAGGACACUAUUGCAUCAACAUUGAAAGAAGAUAUCUUUUCUAUCUUAUCUCGUCAUAAUAUUCGAGGACAAGGUUAUGAUAGUGCAAGUAACAUGCGUGGAGAGUGGAAUGGAUUGAAAGCUUUAAUCUUGGAUAAAUGUCCUUAUGCUUAUUAUGUUCAUUGUUUUGCGCAUCGAUUGCAAUUGGCAUUAGUAGCUUCAUCAAAAGAAGUCAUCCAUGUCGAUCACUUUUUCACUAAGUUGAACUCCAUUAUUAAUGUUGUUGGAGCUUCAUGUAAGCGCAAUGACCAGUUGAAAGCUGCUCAUGCCUCAAAUAUUGCUCAUUUGCUUAAUAUCGAAGAGCUUGAAAGUGGGAGGAGUCUUAAUCAAAUUGGUUCUUUACAAAGGCCCGGUGAUACUCGUUGGAGUUCUCAUUUGAAAUCCAUAUCAAGUUUGAUGAGAAUGUUUAGUGCAACAUGUGAAGUUUUACUUAAUAUUAUUGAAGAUGGAACUACACCUACUCACCGUGGAGAUACCGAUGCAGCUUAUGAGGUAAUGACUUCUUUUGAAUUUGUAUUCAUUAUGCACCUCAUGAGAAAAGUUUUAGAGAUUUCUAAUAUGCUUUGUCAAGCUUUGCAAAUCCAAUCUCAAGAUAUAUUGAAUGCAAUGCAUCUUGUGACAUCUACUAAAUUGCUUAUUCAAAAAUUAAGAGAUAAUGGAUGGGAUGAAUUAGUUUCAACUGUGAAGUCUUUUUGUGAAAAAGUCAAUAUAAGUGUGCCAGAUUUUGAUGCUCAAUAUAUUGCAAGAAGAGGAAGGGCUAGGAAUCAACAAGAUGAAUUAACAGUUGGACAUCAUUACAAAGUUGAUAUUUUUAAUGCGGUGAUUGAUUCUCAGUUGCAAGAGUUGAACAAUAGGUUUGAUGAUAAAAGCAAUGGAGUUAAUUGUUCUGAGUUCAUCCCUUGA